AUGGCUUCUUUGUUCGCCGGCUGGGAGGAUGCAGACGAAAAUGGGCAAGCAGCAGAUACACCCCAAACCCCCUCCAUAUACACUGAAAUGCGGCUGCGGGGAGUAAUAAAGACACCAGAAGAAUACAAAAAACUUGUGGCCUUCUGCAGCAGCACAGCUGACGGUGUAUGGACAUGCGGAAGCGUGCAGAGACACCGCAAGAGCGUCCUCUACUACAGAGACCAGGGCGUUCUCGUGGGAGGGCUGCAGGCCAGGAGAGCAGCAGAAGUGCAGCAAGUUGUUGCAGUGGAAACCACCCAAGCCAUGCGGGGCCUUUUGGGGGCUCUUGGCUUCAGGCGGGUUGGCUCUGUCCACGUGAAGGCCGACGUUUUCCACUUCAAGCCAAAGACAGGCAGACACGUUGUGCUGCUGCUGCAGCAGCACUUCCUCGAUCGGGCCCACCAGCGGCCGCUGUGGGGCGAGAACAGCUGCUGGCUCGUCGAGCUGCAUGCACGGCGCAGCAGCGAAGCAGCAAUUGCUGCAGCAGAAGCAGCACUGACUGCUGUUGCAGAGGCCCUGCAGCCAAUCGUCACGCUGCGCAAAGUCGACCCAAAGGAUUACGCGGAGGCCGAAAGCCGGGCGAUGCAAGCAGCUGCCGUAUGA